UUCUUUACAUUUCUUUCUUCUCUAAAAUAAAUGGUGCGAAAUUUGAACCUCUGACUGAGCAACAAAAAAAGAAGGAAAAUAUUUAUAACUUUAACUGAAGGUUGCAGAGACAGAAAACAGGGGUGGCGGUGACAGAGGAAGAACCCUAACUAACAUAACCUCUGUCUCCGAAAAUGAGUGGUCACAUAACGAGAAGGAACAGUGUUCCACACAAACGCCCUCCCUCCUUGUCCAAGAAGCUCGAAAACGGAAGCCUUAGCGAACCUCCCAGCAAGGCUUCUUCUCCGCCACCUCAAGAGUUUGAUGGGGGAGAAAGGACAGUUAAGAAGCUUCGGUUGUCGAAAGCCCUCACUAUAUCUGAGGUGACGACGGUUUCUGAAGCGUGCCGUAGAAUGGCCGCUCGGCGUGUGGAUGCUGUUUUGUUGACUGAUUCAAAUGUUUUGCUCUCUGGAAUCAUGACUGACAAGGACAUUGCUACUAGAGUUAUAGCGGAGGGUUUACGGCCCGAGCAGACAAUGGUGUCAAAAGUAAUGACUCGGAGUCCUAUAUUUGUGACAUCUGAUACGCUAGCCUUAGAAGCUCUUCAGAAGAUGGUCCAAGGUAAAUUCAGGCACCUCCCUGUUGUGGAAAAUGGUGAAGUCAUUGCCAUACUGGAUAUUACCAGAUGUCUUUAUGAUGCCAUAACUAGGAUGGAGAAGGCUGCUGAGCAGGGCAGUGCCAUUGCUGCUGCAGUUGAAGGGGUGGAACGCCACCGUGGUAGCAAUGUAUCUGCUAGUGCUUUGAUAGAAGCAUUGAGGGAACGCAUGUUCAAGCCUUCCCUGUCAACUCUAAUGGGUGAAAAUACAAAGGUUGCUAUUGCAUCACCUGCGGAUCCUGUCUAUGUAGCAGCAAGGAAGAUGCGGGACUUGCGUGUUAAUUCAGCUGUUAUUGUGUCCUUGUCGGGAACCAAGAUUCAGGGUAUACUCACUUCAAAGGACAUACUAAUGCGUGUUGUGGCUCAAAAUCUUUCUCCUGAGUUGACUCUCGUGGAAAAGGUAAUGACUCCAAACCCAGAUUGUGCAUCAGUAGAUACAACGAUACUGGAUUCUCUGCAUAUGAUGCAUGAUGGGAAAUUCUUACAUCUUCCUGUGGUAGACAAAGAUGGGUAUGUAGUGGCUUGCAUGGAUGUUUUGCAGAUAACUCAUGCUGCAAUCUCCAUGGUUGAGAGUAGCUCUGGAGCUGUUAAUGAUGUGGCAAAUACAAUUAUGCAAAAAUUUUGGGACUCAGCUUUUAAUCUAGAACCACCGGAAGAUUCUGAUACUCAUAGUGAAAUUUCUGGGCUAAUGACAUCAGAUGGGGCUGAUACAUCGAAGUCUGCAUAUCAAUCUGUAGGUUUUGGAAAUUCAUUUGCCUUCAAAUUUAAAGAUCUCAGUGGCCGUGUGCAUCGAUUCAACUGUGGUACUGAACAUAUAGAUGAGCUAGUUUCUACAAUCAUGCAGAGACUUGAUGUGAAUGAUGUGGAACGCCCUAUGAUUUUGUAUGAGGAUGAUGAAGGUGAUAAAAUUGUUCUUGCAACUGAUAGUGAUCUUGUUUCUGCCGUCAGCUAUGCUACAUCUGCAGGAAUGAAGGCUUUGAAGUUGCAUUUGGAUUUUGGGAGUUCAACGAAAGCAACAACUCCAAAAUCUUGUACAGCCACUAGACAGAAAACUAGUGCUUUGUCUAUGCGCUCUAGUAUUUUUGCAAGUGCAAUUGUUAUAACAAGCAUUGGCAUGCUGGUUUACUUAAAGCGCUCCAAACAGUGAUGUGUUGCCAGUUUGGUGAGACAAAAAAAGCAAUAAUCGCUCUGUAUGAGUUCAAGAGCACUAUUGCCUUUUAAAGGCUCAUUGCAAUUAAGAAAAUCUUGGAUAAUGAAAUAGGCGAAUGACAUGAGGUGCUUCUUAAAAUUGAGUCUUUUUGUUGAGGUUAUUUUUUUCCUCCAUUGUCAAGCCAAGGUGAUUAGUUAAGAUAGCCACGUAUAUUUUUGUCUCUGAUGUAAUUGCAAUCAGUAAUCCCUCGUCCUUCGUAGUGGGAACAUAUAUGUCUCGGCCUAUAUAUAUGUCAAGGGUUUUAAAAUGUAUAGAUAAUGUCUCGGCAUAAUAUAUGUUAAAGGGUUCUAGUUUAGUUGAUUGGGUAGGAUAUGAAUUAUUAUAAAGUUUUUCAUAUUAUCUUUCAUUUCUACGAAUAAAAAAAGAAAAUGUUAAGGUUCUUC